AUGUCGAUGGCCGUGUCUCGUGCCGUCUUACGGCGCUCUGCGAAGCUCCCUUUCGGACGAACACCUGCACGAUUUGAGUCGACAGCUAGCAAGGCCAGUGAAGCUGCGAAAGAUACCGCAUCAAAGGCAUCUGAGAAGGCGUCGGAUUUCCAGAGCAGAGCUUCAGAAGGUCUUUCGAGGGUCAGCUCUGCCGCUGGACCGGCUAUCAGUGGAGCUGCGAAGGGGUUGAGCAAUGCUCUCGGAAGAGUUGGAGGCAGAACCGGAAGAUUAAUUGCUUUCGUUGAGCGACAAAUCCCUCCCACCAUUUACUACGCGCGGGUUGGAUUGGAGCUAUCAAAGAUCGUUUUCCAGGGCCAGAAGAUGACACCUCCUCCUGUCUCUACCUUCCAAUCAUACUUCCAGCGUCUUGUCAAGAGCUUCCGAAAUCCAAGUGCUCUCCUCAACUCAACGCCGAAUGCUACCCCCUCCAACGCUCUACAAUCCUUUCGAAACAUCAACACAGCUCAAUUGGUAUCUGGAGCCGUCAUCGUAGCUGAAGUCCUAGGAUUUUUCACUGUUGGCGAAAUGAUUGGCAGAAUGAAGUUGGUUGGAUACCGAGGCGAGCACCAUUAG